AUGACAACAACGGGUCCAAGACGUCCUUCCCUAGCGGAAAUAGACCCAUCCGAAAUUCGCUCCACCGCACUUCAUAUCAUCAGGGAGAUUACGCGCUCUGUUCCGUCUUCGAUAUUCAAAGUAGAUAUGGAGGGGGAAAGGUACGCAUUAAAGCUUUUUCACGACCAUGGCGAAGCUGGAUCUCAGCAGAGAGGUCACGAUUCGCACCGAUUUGACCGCGAACGCGAUGCAUAUGAAAAACUCCAUGCCUCGGGCGUCUGUGCGCGCCACUAUGUUCCUAAAUAUUAUGGCUACAUCGAUCGACUGGACCCGCAAGCAUUCCAUCCUGCUUUCGAUCAUUUCGCCGAAGACAUGUUCAAGCCGAGAGGAAUCGUCAUUGAGUACUUGCCGAACGCAGAGACUCUGAACUGCGUGAACUACUCGGAUGCACUAUAUUCUCAGGCAACAGAGGGUAUGAAGGAUAUUCACAGGGCGGGCGUUCAACACAAUGACAUCUCUCCCAGGAACGUUCUCGUUGUUCCUGGAGACCCCGAUAAGCUAGUAGUCUGGAUUGACUUUGAUCUUGCCACGACCUUCACCAACCUUGGGCCGGAAGAGCAGUUCUCCUGUAACUCUGCUAUGGAGCUUGUGAAGUUAUUUGGGGCAGCACUGGUAAGCACUUCACUGCGCCCUAUGUUUGGAGCGAUUGACGUGCUGACCAAUACAGAGCAGUGA